AUGGCCUUUCUGAUGAAGAGCAUGCUGAGCAACCAGGUGAAGAAUUUGGGGCUGGGGGGAGGAGGGGACGAGAGCAAAGAGGACUCGGCUCCUUCCGACCCGGCGGCGGCGGCAGGGAUGACCCGCGAGGAGUACGAGGAGUACCAGAAGCAGAUGGUGGAGGAGAAGAUGGAGAGGGACGCCGCCUUCGCCCAGAAGAAGGCAGAGCGGGCCUGCCUGAGGGUUCACCUGCGGGAGAAGUACCGGCUGCCCAAGAGCGAGCUGGACGAGAACCAAAUCCAGAUGGCGGGGGACGACGUGGGCCUGCCGGAGGAUUUACAGAAGAUGGUGGCGCAGGACCAGGAGGAGGAGGAGGACAAGGACUCCAUCCUGGGCCAGCUGCAGAACAUCCAGAACAUGGACGUGGAUGCCAUCAAAGAGAAGGCGCAGGCCACUUUCAGCGAGAUGAAGCAGGCGGCCGAGCAGAAGUGUUUGCUGAUGUAG